AGUUGCUGGCCGGGUCGUCAGUCCGGGAGCCGCGGCCUGAAGGUAGUCGGGUCAUUGGCACAACCUUCGCGCCCUCAUUCGGCUACAGCGGCGACCCCGGCAGCCGGAGAGAUGUUCAGGAAACUCAAGCAGAAGAUUAACGAGGAGCAGUUUCCGGUCAGGAGCAGCCAAGCUCAGGCCUCUCCAAAGUCUACUCCACCUUCAACAGGAAAUAGAAGCCACACCUCUUCCUUGUCAGGUCAACACAAUGAAGGCACUUUCACUCCAGGUGACAGAGAGCUAUUGGCCGAGAUGAUAGCAGAGCCUGCUUUUCUCUCUGAGUAUACUAUCUUUGCUCUGGAAAGCACCAAACGGCCUAAGGUGCAGAAUAUCAAUGUGAAUGUACUUAGGACAUCGACAGAAAACUUGUCUUCUCCAAAGGUAACAGAGAACUUCAAUGAUGAUGGUUCAGUUACUGCUCAGAAGCCUGAGAUGCAAUCCUUUGCCCAAAAACUUCAACUCCGUGUCCCAUCCAUCGAGUCUUUAUUUCGAGCUUCUUCAAAAGAGACUCUUUUCCAGUCUCCUUCAAAAGAAUCACUGGUCCGAUCUGCUUCAAGAGAAUCCCUCAAUCGAUUUGAUACAGAUGUUCAAGGUUCUGGUACUGCUUUUGAUCCGUCGUCAGAUAUCGAAAGUGAGGCAGAAGAUUCUACAGUUAACUUUGAGAGCCUUAGCAAGGACCCAUCUUCUAAUCAGUUCCGCAGGAUGGAGCGGAGCUUGAGCAACUAUAGAUUGAAAUAUUCAGAGUUAGUUACUGCUUAUCGGACUUUGCAGAGAGACAAAGAAAAAAUGCAGGUAGUUCUGAGUCAGGGUCAAGAUAAAGCCCUGCGCAGGAUUGGAGAAUUACGUGAGGAACUGCAAAUGGAUCAGCAAGCUAAGAAACAUCUUCAGGAUGAGUUUGAAGCAGCCCUAGAGGAGAAAGACCAAUUUAUUGGUGUUCUACAGACACAGGUUGCAUUACUAAAACAAAGGAUGGGGCUUGGAAGGACAAAGACAGAUCUGCAGGAAUCUACGACUCAGGCGUCCGUGAUGGAAAGUACAGAAGUGUUUCAACACAGUCCCAACAAUGAAGAAGAUAAUACAAAUAGGCUUGAUGGAUUAGGAGAGGGAGCUGGAGAUGCUGCUGAUUCCUUAACAGUUCUUCAAAAACGUGUGAAGAGGCAAGAAAAUCUGCUACAGCGCUGCAAGGAGAUGAUUCACACCCACAAAGAACGCUGCACUCAGUUGACAAGUGAAAAGGAAGCUCUACAAGAGCAACUGGAUGAGCGCUAUCAGGAGCUAGAAAAAAUAAAGGAUCUGCACACUGCUGAAAAGACCAAACUAAUCACUCAGCUUCGCGAUGCAAAGAACUUAAUUGAACAGUUGGAGCAAGAUAAGGGCAUGGUGAUCGCAGAGACGAAACGGCAAAUGCAUGAAACGUUGGAAAUGAAGGAAGAGGAAAUCUCUCAACUUCGUGCAAGAAUUCAGCAGUUCACUGGACAACGUGAAGAGCUGCUUGAACAGAAAGAGAAGUCUGACAAAGCUGCGUUUGAGGAACUGGAGAAAGCGCUGGUUGCAGCUCAGAAAUCUGAAGAUAGACGUAAAAAGCUGAAGCAGGAGAUGGAAAAGCGAAUAACAGCCAUGGAGCAAUCAAAUGAAGAGCAACAAAAGAGUUUGCAACAGGAGCUCACACGGGUUAAGCUAGAAGUGGUUAAUGUCAAGAAGUCCUCUGAAGAUCAUAUUGGAGAAUUGGAAAAAAAUCACACGAAUGCACUGAUCUGCAAAGAAAAAGAAUUUGAACAGCAAUUGCAGGCUUCUCAGCAGGAGUUUCAGGAACAGUUAAAAAAGGCUCUGGAUCAACGUCAUGCUGAGUACCAGGAACAGCAGCAGGAGAAAGAACAGCAAACCGUGUUGGCAUUAGAAGAACAGGAAUUGCAAAGACAGGCAGUUCAGGCACAGGCAGCUACACAAAUCCAGGAAUUGCAAGCAGAAUUGGAAACCUUCAAAACGAGAGUAUUGGAAUUGGAAAGUUUACUUUUAAAGAAGUCACAAGAUGGCGAAGCUUACUCAGAAGAGCGAGAGACAGAGAAGGCCAAAUACAAAGCAGAAAUUGCAGCCCUAAUUAAAAACCACCAAGAGGCACUGGAAAACAUACGUCAAGAAGAAGAGCAAUUAUGGACUGAAAAAAUACAGGUAAUUAGCCAUCAGCACAAUGCUAAAGUGGAGGAACUUGAGGAGAAAUCUAAAGAAAUUGAGAAGAAAUCUAAAGAACUAGAAGUACAGUUGAAGGAGAAGGAAGCUCAAUUCCAUGCACAUAUAGAGGAAAUGAACCAAAAAACACUGGAGAAACUUGAUGUGAAACAAACUGAGUUGGAGACACUGUCAACUGAGAUGACAGAAAUGCUCAAAGCACGGCAAGAGUUGGAAAAUAAAUUAGCUGCAAUUGCGGAAAACUAUGAGAAGGAACUAGAACAUAAAAAAUUUCAUUAUGAAGAAAAAAUUGAGGCUGCUAAAAAAGACAUUGAACAGUCCUUCAGUGGAGUUGAGACAGCAUUGAAAGGUGAGCUAAACAACCUUCAUCAUCUUCUUGAGGGAAAGGACAAAAUUGUAGGAGACCUACAAGUCGAGAAACAGAAUCUGAUAAAUGAACUUGAAAAGGUUCAAAAAGAAGCUGCAGAGGUUUCUGUAAAAUUUGAAUUUUUGAGCCAAGCCCGUCAGAAAGAGGAGGAAGACGCUGAAGAAAAGAUGAAUUGUAAGCUAGAUGACCAACGUAAACUGUAUGAAAUACAAUUAACAGAGUUACAGAACUUGCUGAGAAAUUUGGAGGCUGAGAAAGAAAAAAAAGAGUUAUCUGAUCAGACCAGACUGAAUGAGCUUACUGCCAAUUUAGACAGCUAUAAAUUGCAGGCUCAGGAAUUGAGAGGCCUGGAAAAAAAAAACGGUGCGCUGCUUAAAAAAGUAGCUUCCCUAACAGAGCAAUAUGAAACCCAGAUUACUCAGCUGGAAUCAGACAUUACACAGUUACAGAAAACUUCAGAAGAAAAGCAAAAGGCACUUACUGAGGCACAAGAUCUUCAGAAACAGCAGGCUGAAGUCUUCACUCAAAAACAAACAGAAGAUCAAAAAUUAAGUGAGCAGCAAAUUGCUUCACUUCAUGAGGAAUAUGGAAAGAAAAUAAAAGCACUUGAGACAAAACUGGAAAAAAUUAAAGAAAAGGGAACUGAAAUGCAGAAUAAAUUAAAGAUGAAACUUUCUGAACAGGAGAUUAAAUUAAAAGCAGAGCUGGAAAAGCAGCAGAAGGAAUUUGUUCAAAAGGAACAAAUGUUCAAUGAAAAACUGAUAGAAAUGGCACAUGCAAGUUCUACAGGAAUUAAUGAAACAGUGACCCAGCUGGAAUCUAAUCACAAGCAACAACUGGAAAGUCUUAAUGAGGCUCACAAGCAAGAGAUUGUAGAGCUGAAGCAAAGCUGGGAGAAAAGGUUGGAUCAGCAGAUUGAAGAACUACAAGAAAAACACGAGACUGAGUUUCAAGAAAAGCAACAAGAAUUGAGAGAGUUAAAACAGAACCUGGAAGCCUCCAAUAAGGAAAAGGAAGAGAUAUCCAUGAAAAUAACAGAACUUGCAGAGGAGGUUGCAUUACAAGAAAGUAAAAUGCAGCAACUUCAGGGGGAACUAAAGGAAGCAUCGGUUCAGGUUGGUACUUUGAUAGAAAAUGAAACAGCCCUUAAAGCUAAAUUGCAAACCUUUGAAGAGACGAGCAGUAAAACUUUGCUGGAAAGAACAGAAUUAGAAAACUGUCUCAGUGAACUCAAAAAAGCAGAUGGGCAGAGCCAGGUUAAGAUUCAUGAGCUUAGCAGUUCGUUGAAGGAAGCUGAGGAUAAUCUACAGGCAUUGGAAAACUUACAUCGCAAAGAAACUGAGGAAUAUGAAAAACAGCUUCAAGAAAAGUCUGUUGAACUUCAGAAUGCAGGCGAAAUUAGGAGCGAAGUGGAGCAAAUAAUUAAUAAUUUUAAUGAAGCAAAUGCAAAAAUAAAGCUACAAGUCAAUGACAUUAAUAUAAGGUGCACUGAUAAAAUGAACAUCCUUCAUGAGCGUAUUAAAGGCUACCAAAAUCAAAUUGAGAAGGUGCAAAAGGCAGUUGUGAAAAGGGUUAACAGAGUUGGUGAACUAGAAAUUAAACUUGAAGAGGUAGUAAAUCAAAAUGUCUUACUGAAUGAUUCGGUACAGCAUAUGACACAACAACUGCGAAAUGAACAACAAAACUUUAAGGCAUUGCAAUCUGAACUACAAAAUGUUACUGCGCAACAGAACACACUCCAGCAAGAAAGGAAACAACACAGUCAAGUAUUAGAUGAGAAAGAGACGUGCAUCGAACAGUAUAGAAAAGAAUUGUCAGAAAGUGCAUAUGCGCACAAAUCCAUCACAGAACAGCUAAAGGAAAAAGAAUUACUGAUCCUGAGCUUGGAGGAACAAAUAAGUGACCUGAAGUUGCAGCUUGAGAACCAUGUUUGCCUUUCAGAUAAAGAAGAAGCUAUUUCAUUGCUUAACAAACAACACCAAGUGGAACAACAAAAGCUGCUGGACCAAAUAGAUCAGUUAUCUGCAAGUAUUGAAACUGUUUCUAAAGAGAGAGCUUUAGCCCUUGAACAAGCAGACCAGUAUAAAAACAAGUUAGCAGAAUGGAAGAAAAAGAUGGAAUCAAAAUUAGUGCAGCGUAACAACAAAAUGAAGGAGCUCGAGUCAAAAUUUGAGACUUCUGUUAAAGAGAAUAAAGAGAAGGAUGAUCAAUUAUCAAAAUUGACAGCCGAGGUAGCAAAACUGACUACCAAUUUACAAAGUGUUAGAAUUGAAAUCGAAUAUAUGACAAAGGAGAAGGAGAAAAUAAUAAAUGAUCUGAACGCCCAGCUGGAAACAACCAAAUCUAGGAUAGCAGAACUAGACCAAGAUAUUGCUACAAAGUCUGAGGAAUGUAAAGUUGUAGAAGAACUUAAAAAACAAUUACAUCAGAAGGAAAUUGAAUUGCAGGAGAUGGGACUGGCGCUUGAACUGGCUCAGGCUGGUGCUUGUGAUCAGGACAGCAGAUACAAAAGUGCUGAAGAAAAAAUACAAGCAUUUGAAAAGGAGAUGGAAUUGCUCCAAGUUGAAUUUUCACAGAAACAGAAUGAAUGGGAACAAAUUAAAUUCGACCUUGUAAAUAAAAAGGAGAAAGAAUUGACAGAUUUAGAAACCAAAAUGAAAACUGAAAGCACCACUAAAAUAGCUGAAUUCAAGAAAAAAGCAGAACAGAAAAUUGCAAAAAUAAAGAAACAAUUAAUAACCCAAUUAGAAGAAAAAGAAAAAUGUUCAAAUGAACAGAUAAAAGACUUAAAACAAAAAGCAGGGGAGCAAGAAGCAAUCAUUGAGGCCUUAAAAGAAAAACUGAAAAGCUUAGAAAAUACAAUUGGAUCAGAAAAAGAAGAAAACCAGAAAUGGAUUGAGAAAGUGAGAAAAGAAGUGGAACUUGAGAAGGAGAACUCUCUGAAGAUGUUGAGAGCAAGCUAUGAAGAAAAAAUUAUGGUUCUACAGAUGGAGUUGUCAGCAAGAGAUGAGAUGGUACAAAAAUACAGAGAGAGUCAGGUAGAAACAAAUGCUGAACAGGAAAAAAAUAAGUCUUAUCCAGAUCUUCAAAAGCAUCUAGAAAAAUUUGAAGAUGAGAAGCAAAUUCCGAUGAGCGAGAGAGACCAGCUUCAAUCAGGGCUUGAACAAAAGCAUAUAUGCUCAUUACUGGUAGAACAACAAAAAGGGGAAACGGAUAAAUUAGAAAAUUUUAAGGAGCAGUUGUGUGUAAAAGAUAAACAGAUAAAUGAGAUGGAAAAAAUAAUUGCAGAGUUACAAAAAAUGCAGGGAAAAGAAAUAACUGAGAAACAAACAAUAGUGGAACUCGGAAGUGCUUUCACUUCAAAAAAGAAAGACAUCGAGGAAGAGUUAAGAUUAGAGAGCAGUUCCCUCACUGAAGACUACAAAAAACAGAUGCAGGUCCUCCAAGAACAGUUAGAAGAAAAAAUCUCUCUACUUAAGAUCUUUGAGGAAAGCUCCAAAGAGAAGACAAAAUCUGACACAGAACUGCAAAAGUUGCUUGAUGGCAUGCGAGAGCAGCAAAAAGAAUUGGGACAUAAACUGAAAGAGGCAGAAAAUGAGAAACAAAAAGUGCAUAAAGAAUAUGCGAAACUACAAAAAGACCUACGUGCAUUGCGCAAAGAACAUGAGGCUGAAAUAGAAAUCAUUCGAAAGGAAAUUAGUGAAGAAGCUGAAAAUAAAACCAAGCUGGAACUGGAGGAUCUGCAGCUGAAACACAAUUCCACUCUCAAACAGUUAAUGCGAGAAUUCAAUACACAGCUAGCUCAGAAAGAACAAGAGCUAGAUAUAUCCAUCAAAGAGGCUAUUAGCAAAGCCCAGGAAGUGGAGGCAGAGCUACUGGAAACCCACAAGGAGGAUGUUAACCAGCUGUAUCGCAAGAUAGCUGAAAAGGAUGAUUGUCUACAAAGGACAGCAAAAAAGUAUGAAGAGAUUUUGCAGUCUCGAGAAGAAGAAAUGACUGCAAAGGUGACUGAGGUGCAGAUGCAACUAGAGAAGUUACGAGCCCAACAUCAGCUGCUACUGAAUGAGGAAAGUCAGAAUAUGGAGCAGGGACAGCCAAUAACAGUGACAGAACUGCAGGCGCAGGUAGCACAGAAAACUACUCUCAUUAAUGAUGCUCGACUCCAGGAGCAGGAGCUAAGAGAACAGAUUCAUUCACUUGAGGAUCAGCUUAGGGUCCAUGACAAAAAUUCCUGUCUAUCACCAUUUGGGACACCAUACAAAGAUGGAAAUUAUGCUGUUGAUGGAUCUGUGAUAACAGAACCCACCGAAUUAGAAUACCUUAAGAAGGUGCUAUUUGAAUAUAUGAUGGGAAAGGAAACUAAGACUUUGGCGAAAGUUAUAACCACUGUGCUGAAGUUUCCAGCAGACCAAACACAAAAGAUAUUGGAGCGGGAAGAUUCUCGAUCUACAUAUUCCUCAUCUCGCACUGGUAUUUUCUGAGAGUUGGUUGGUGGUGCAGUCAUUUAACCCAUGGACUUGGUUACGCUAACUGGGAAAUCGACAAUGGUGACACGGAGCUGCUCCUGAUCAUGCUGCUGGGAUGUUAUUUAUCUGUUUGCGUGUGGAGAGAAGGGAAAUGUGGUACUGUUAUAAAGAUGAUGUUUCUAUGGCCUUUUACUGUGAUUAGUACAAAACCUAAAAUUUAAAAAAGACACAAAACAUUAUUCUGAUGUUAACUCUAGCAGGUUUUUGUUAAAUGGCACUAGGAUAAAUUGUGCAAUAAAUUUCUAAUGGGAUAUAAGCCGUUAAUGCAUACUGUUAAUGUUUGACUGGAAUGUUUCUUUCUGUACAGCUUGAUUUUUUUUGCUAGGUCAUAUCCUUGGAGCUUCAGCCUAUAAAGAUACCGAAAUCGCAAACCUGGUUUGUUUACUAUAGCUUUUGUACUUGUAUUUUCGAAAGAUACACUACUGUAAAUUGUAAAUACAUGAUUCAUAUCUAUGCUAAGCAGGAGGGUAACUUGUAACAUUCACUUGGAAAAGUGAAAUAAAGUUUUAUUUACUGUA